CUAACCGAUGUCCGAGAAUGAGACCCUAUUAUAAAUUAUUAACUGAUUAUACGAAAAGAAUUGUACCUGCUUUCGGCUUAUUCGCUAUCCAAAAGUUGGAAAAUUGACGUCUUCUCAAUUUUCCUAUUCAAAAAUUGCACAAUUACCUUGUUUAGGUAAAGAUUUUUGAAGUUAUUGGCUUCGAAUUAAAAGGAAGUAUUUCUGCUCAUUGCAAUUGCGUAGAGGAACUUUGGACCAUAAAAGUUUUUGGUUUGAAUUGGGAAGGCUUCAUAAGAUCUUGUCGAAGAACACAACUAUGUAUGAACCAGAUCCUGAUGUUGUUCGGUGGGGCCUUCACCUUAUAGAUGUAUGCUCUCUUACGAAUUGUGGUUCUCUUGGAACUGUUACUUGUUAUGAAAAAGACUCGUCUCAAAUUGAGUCUGUGAAAGAGGGUUAUUGGGACACGGCACACUCUAUUUUGGAGAGCGACAAAGAAAUUGCUCAUGCUCUACAGGAAGAAUUAUCUAGACUUGCAGCUUUAGAGGCAUUGGGAUCUGAAUAUGCUGUAGAACAACAUCAGAAAGCGUCUAUUCUUGCUCAAUCUUGGCUUGAUCCUUCAAGAAGGAACUUUGGUUCUGAAUCUCAAAGUAAUCAUGAAGCAUAUGAAAUGGGAACAGUUUCGUGUAACCUUGGUGAAUUAUCAAUUGAGUGUGAGAACCAAACAGUCUUACCGGAGAUAGAAGAUGAAUCUGCUCUUUAUGGUGAAAUGGGCAGAAGACUGAAUCAGAUGGUUUCAAUUCCUCAUGUUCCUAAAAUUAAUGGAGAAAUACCAUCUGUUGAUGAAGUUUCAUCAGAUCAUCAAAGGCUGCUUGACAGAUUGCAGUUGUAUGACCUGGUGGAGCUAAAAAUUUCCGGGGAUGGUAAUUGUCAGUUCCGUUCACUUUCAGAUCAAAUAUAUCGUACUCAAGAGCAUCACAAAUUUGUGAGAGAGCAAGUUGUCAACCAGUUGAAGUCACAUCGAGAAUUGUACGAAAAUUAUGUUCCCAUGGCUUAUGUUGGCUAUUUGCAGAAAAUAAAGAAGACAGGAGAGUGGGGUGAUCAUGUCACGUUGCAGGCUGCCGCAGAUUCAUAUGGUGUCAAGAUCUUUGUCAUUACGUCAUUCAAGGAUACGUGCUAUAUCGAGAUUCUUCCACAUACUCAGAAGUCAAACAGAAUUAUAUUCUUGAGCUUCUGGGCUGAAGUGCACUAUAAUUCAAUCUAUCCAUUAGGAGAAUUGCCCGAGGUGGGGUUCAAGAAGAAGAAGAAGUGGUGGCAUCCAUGAAUUUAGCCACCAUUUGUAGACAGUCCCCUUGUGCAGCGUCCGCGGAGGAGAGUUCAGUUAGGAUAUUGAUGAAGUCGUUUUAGAAAAUGCAUUAGAUGUUGAAGAUGCUGUUUCUAUUACUCCCUUAGCUUUCCCUCCUUGUACAUAAAUUUUUUGAUGAUUUAUUAAUUUUUGUGAAUAUAUUCGUUUAUUGAUCCAACUAGAUUUUGAUAAUGAGGUUUGAUGUU